GGGAGAGUUGGGGGGUGAUUGACUGCAAAAGAUGGCACUAUUGUGGAGAAUGUGUAUUCUGUAGCUGUCCCUUUGCUGUGUUAUUCAUAUGAUAAUUUAGAUGAGGUGAGAUUGAAACGGUUGUUCGGCUAUCUGCGACAAGAGUGACCAACUGUAUGUUCGACAUCCCCUCCUUCCCAGUAGUGGCAAAGCCGCAGAUGGAGCCAGUUCCCAGAUAUUAGACAAACUUUCUACGUGCUCAAGAUGAGUGAACUAAAAGACUGCCCACUGCAGUUCCAUGAUUUUAAGCCAGUAGAUCAUGUGAAGAUGUGUCCCCGCUAUGCAGCUGUACUCUCACGCUCUGAGGAUGAUGGAAUUGGAAUCGAGGAGCUGGACACAUUACAGCUGGAGUUGGAAACACUCUUGAGCUCAGCGAGUCGGCGACUGCGCAUACUAGAGGCAGAAACACAGAUCCUCACAGAUUGGCAGGAUAAGAAAGGAGAUAAGAGGUUGUUAAAAUUUGGGAAGGAACAUGAGCAUGGAACACCACAGAAACACGGAAAACCCAAAAAGCAGAAAAUCGAUGGAAAAGGCAGCCAUGGAACUGGACCUGGUCCUGGACGCCCGAAGUCAAAAAACCUACAGCCUAAAAUUCAAGAAUAUGAAUUUACAGAUGAUCCCUUGGAUGUUCCCAGAAUUCCAAAGAAUGAUGCCCCCAACAGGUUCUGGGCAUCAGUGGAACCAUACUGCGCUGACAUUACCAAUGAGGAGAUCCGUGUCCUUGAGGAUCUACUGAAACCCCCUGAAGAUGAGGCAGAGUAUUACAAGAUCCCCCCCCUGGGGAAACAUUAUUCCCAGCGAUGGGCACAGGAGGACCUUCUAGAGGAGCAGAAGGAAGGUGCCCGUGCUGCAGCUGCAGCAGAGAAGAAGAAAGGCAUGCUCGGAGCUUUGACUGAACUCGACUCAAAAGAUGUGGAUGCUUUGCUGAAGAAAGAGCAGCACGACCAGCCUGAAGAUGGAUCUCCUUUUGGGCCCCUCACUCAGAGAUUACUCCAGGCUUUGGUGGAGGAGAACAUCAUUUCACCAAUGGAAGAUUCUCCCAUACCAGAGAUGACUGGGAAAGAUGUUGGUACUGAUGGAGCGAGCACCUCCCCUCGAAGUCAGAAUAAGGCCUUCAGCGUACCUCACACAAAGUCUCUAGAAGCACGAAUUAAGGAGGAACUAAUUGCUCAAGGUCUGCUAGACUCUGAGGACCGACCUACUGAAGACUCUGAAGAUGAAGUUCUGGCAGAACUCCGCAAGCGGCAGGCUGAGUUGAAAGCCAUCAGUACACACAAUCGAGCAAAGAAACAAGAACUUCUCAGGCUUGCCAAAGAGGAGUUAAAAAAACAGGAGCUACGGCAGCGAGUGAGAAUAGCGGACAAUGAAGUAAUGGAUGCUUUCCGAAAGAUCAUGGCAGCACGUCAGAAGAAACGCACACCUACAAAGAAAGAAAAGGAUCAAGCGUGGAAGGCACUGAAGGAGAGAGAGAGCAUCCUAAAGCUGUUGGACAGUUAAACUCAACCACGCAAACACACUGGACAUUGUUACUUUUGAAAAAUUGGCUUAAUGUUCAUCUUUUCCUGAGCGGUGUGCUUCUGAACUGACAAAAGGAGUGAUAUUGAACCCUGCCUGUUUUGAACUGGUGACAUUGCAUUCCAGCAGGCUGUCUCUGUUGCAGCCAACUAAUCUUGUUUGUAAAAGGUGGAAGUCUGUCUUUCAGAAAUCUGGAUGUUGUGCUUUGCUAGUUUGGGUUUUUGCUGUAUGUGAGAGUAUUGUGUUUUGGCCAAGUGUUCAGAUAGAGUGUAGCGUUCCUGGGCAGCUGUGCCAUUGCCAGUCCUCCUAAAUGUGAUGUUAAAACUGACACUUUAUAGCUUUCCAGAAAGAUUUUUCUUCACUUACAUCCCCACCCCAACAAUAAAUGUGGGGAUACCUGUAGUCUAUUUUUUUCCCAUUUCUCCUGCACUACUACUGUUCUUCUUAUUCCCAAUCCAGCCAUGCAAAAUUGCUGUUUAAUCUCAUUUCAAAUCUUUCUGUACUUGCCUCUGGGCCAUAUAAUACGAUGUGAAGAAGUAUUAAAAUACUGCCAAUACUGAUGCCAAAAAAAAACUUUUAAUCAAAAGAAAUCCUUUUUACAGAAGAGAAAAUCCAUUGCAGAUUUAUACAACUGUGGGGUAGAAGGUAUGGUUUAUGUCACUGACCUUAAGGGAUCAUGCCAGUUACAAAAGUUCCAAAUGUUUUGUUGUUCACCAUUGGGUAAACACUCUGGUGGCUUGUAGGUUCAGAGAUCCGGAUGACUGCAGGCACAUACUCCAGCGUUUAGUUUAGCAAUGGUAACAAUGCUUAUUUGAGUUGAUUGUCCCAGCUGGUAAUGCAGGUAUCAACUCGAGCUUUUUCUAUGCAGUUGGUGUCACCUGACAAACUUAGAUGUCUUCCAUGAUCAUUAAAUGCAUUUUUUCCAUUUGUUUUCAUUUUGUGUGGUAUGACCAUUCCACAGUUCCUUUGUUCAUACUAAGGGGAACUGUCUGAUUAUGUGCUCCUCUGCUCUGCUAUAUCCACCGGUCUUUGGGAGAUUAACUGAAAAGUGGGUAGUAGGGGUUAGGUUCAGGUUCAAAAUAGUGAUAACCAUUUUCCCUCCCAGUUAGUGAAUGAAGAUAUGAUCAGCUGCAAUGUCUCUACUCCUUUGCUAAAUAGUGAUAAAAAGAGAAAGGGCUUUUGCAGCACAAUGGCAGCGUCACGACCUCUUGAGACAAGAGGACCGAAUUCAAUUCUACCUGCUUCAGAGAUGUGUCAUAACACAUCUGAGCAGGGCGAUUAAAAAUAAAUCUAAUAAAAUCCAUGAUCUGGACUCAUGAGUGAAACAUUUUUACCUGGAGAAGGUAACAGUGGACUGCAAAUGCACAUUGAAUCAUACCACAGCAUGAAUCGUUAUCUAUACAAAAGAAAUAAAGAAGUUUUGGGUGGGGAGGAAAAAGUAACAUGAAAAAUUCAAUCACUUUACUGCUUUGAUAUCUACUGUUUUAAAUGUAAAGUGAAAAGAACCAAAAGAAUUAUACUCCUAGACUCACCAAGUUUUUUUCACAUUGUUUUAGGUUAUCCUUUUGCAGCUUUGCUAUGAUUGAAGAUCCUUUUGAUAAUUUUAGUUGCAUAUUACAAUAUUAGAGCUCAGAUCUCCUCUCCCAAUCUUCAGUUAGAUACACUCUCCAGCCCUAAACAGUGAUAAAUCAGAAUGGGAACCAUUUAGUUCUAAACCCCCACUCACAUGCAUGCCUCCACAUCAGCUGUACUCAUGCUAAUUUAUGGAGUAAAGAUCAAACAAGUGUAAAUUUUAUCAUUUGUGACAUUUAUUCCUCAAUAGUGUACUGAUGAUUAGCUGCUCCUGUAAUGAAUUUUCAAUAAAUGUCGACUUGAUUACUUUC